UCUUCACCACCUCCUCCUCUCUCUCUCUCUCUCUCUUCUCCCUAUGGACGCAACCAAGAAGCGCAAGCUCGACGAAAACGGUGUCGUUCUGGACACAGAUCCCUCCUCCGCCCCCAAGCUCUCCCCCGAAGACGCUCGCAGGCUCAUCGAGCGAUUCACCCCCGAUCAACUCCUCGACAUUCUCCAGGACGCCCUCUCCCGCCACGUCGACGUCCUCGACGCCGUCCGCUCCAUCGCCGAUCCCGACGCCUCCCAGCGUAAGCUCUUCAUCCGCGGCCUCGGCUGGGACACCACCACCGAGGGCCUCCGAUCCCUCUUCUCCGCCUACGGAGAGAUUGAGGAGGCCAUCGUCAUCCUCGACAAAACCACCGGGAAAUCCAAGGGUUAUGGGUUCGUCACGUUCCGCCACGUCGACGGCGCUCUCAUGGCCCUGAAAGAACCGAGCAAGAAGAUCGACGGCCGCAUGACCGUCACACAGCUCGCCUCCGCGGGGAAUUCGAACUCCAACACUGCCUCCAACAACGUUGCCGACGUAUCGUUGCGGAAGAUAUAUGUGGCCAAUGUUCCGUACGACAUGCCGUCGGAUAAGCUCUUGGCCCAUUUUGCCCUGUACGGGGAGAUAGAGGAGGGGCCGCUAGGCUUUGAUAAGCAGACUGGGAAGUGCAAGGGGUAUGCGCUGUUUGUGUAUAAGACUCCGGAGGGAGCUCAGGCGGCACUCGUCGAUCCGGUGAAGAACAUCGAGGGGAGGCAAUUGACUUGUAAAUUGGCGAUUGAUGGGAAAAAGGGCAAGUCAGACGGGCCGGGUCAGGGCCAAGGACCCGGGAGUGGGUCCAAUACGCACGGCGAUGGGAUGGGGAUGGCGCCACCGUCUUCGAUUCCUGGGCAGUACGGCAUCCCAGGUGGAAUUGGUUCUUAUGGUGGGUAUACCAGUGGGCUUCAGGGCCAGCCUCCGUUGGGUCACCAUCCAUUGGGUGGGCCUGGGUUGUCUGGUAUUGGAAACCAGGUGAAUUCGGGUUUGGGUGGUGGUGGCGGAUAUGGAGGGUUGGGUGGGCCUUAUGGUAACUAUGGCGGCCCUGGGGGUUAUGGUUUAGGUGGUGCUGGUGGGCUGGGUGUUGGACUAGGUGGUGCUGGGUCGGCUGGGGGUGGUCCGGGUGUGGGUACCGGGUCAUCUUUGUAUGGAUUGCCUCCGAGUUCAGGUGGGCUACCAUCUGGUAGGUAUCCAGAGGGCGGGCACUACGCCCUGUCAGCAUAUCAGAAUCAGCACCACCAGCAAGCUGGGACAUCCCCGCAUCCAAGGGUUCCUCAAGGUGGCAUGUACCCAAAUGUGCCACCUUAUUUCUGAGGUGUAUGACCGCUUGUUGGCGCAGAUGCUUUAUAUGGUUCUGGUGAUUGCGUGAUUGCAGACUAUAUGCUGUGGUUUGAUGAUUGUAUUAGCUGUGCUUUUAUCGCCUCUUCAUCUGCACCUUUUAAGAUGUAGGUCAUUUCCGAGUUAUGGUAGCCAAAGUGACCGAAUUAGACUAGUUUUCUGUAUUCUGUCGGGAAUUGAUGUGCUCUGUAGGUUUUUUUACCAUAAAGUAUAGUUUGUUUUUUAUAAUAACGGGAUUUAUGUUUCUUUUA